UAUCGCUGCUGUAUCCUCUGCUUGGCGCUCUCUAGCCCCUCUCCAACCCCUCUCCAGCAUCUUACCUUUACCAGCCCAUGCUCGGGCUCCCCCCUCCCCACUGGAUCCGUACCCUUCGACAUGGAUGUCCCGCCGUCCCUCGACCCGGAGGAUUGUUGUUUCUUGGCGCAGUGAAGGAGGAGAAGGAGAAAGGGGAAGGGGAAGGAAUCAUGCCGGGACUGCUAAUGGAUUUAGGGAAAGCGCAAGUGACCAUGCCGUGAUCUUGCGCAUCCAGGGCCGCCGUCACCCUGCCUUGCCCAACGAGCGUAGAAGAAUUACGGGGGAAUCGAACCCGCGCACCGGGGGGAUUAAACCACUGUGCAUUUUUUUAAAAACAACAUGAAGAUUACCUCCCAUCAUCUGAUGAUAAGCAGUCUCGUUUUCAGGUCCAACCUCAGGCUGAUCCCGCUUCUGCUGCUGUUUCUUGGUUACUCUCGCGGGAUGCCACACGUUUUAAGAUUUGGAGGAAUAUUUGAAUCCAUUGAGAGCGGCCCCUCCGGAGCAGAGGAACUAGCCUUUAAAUUUGCCUUGAACACAAUCAACAGGAAUCGCACAUUGCUCCCCAACACCACGCUGACCUAUGACAUCCAGAGAAUAAACAUCUUUGACAGCUUUGAGGCCUCCAGGAAAGCAUGUGAUCAGCUUUCCCUCGGGGUGGCGGCCAUCUUUGGCCCCUCACACAGCUCGUCGGCCAACGCAGUACAAUCCAUCUGCAAUGCUUUGGGAGUGCCCCACAUCCAGACCAAGUGGAAGCACCAAGUGUCCGACAACAGGGACUCGUACUAUGUCAGCCUGUACCCCGACUUCUCCUCCCUCAGCAGAGCCAUCCUCGACCUGGUGCACUUCUUCAAGUGGAGAACGGUCACUGUCGUGUACGACGACAGCACAGGUACAGGUCUCAUUCGACUGCAGGAGCUGAUCAAGGCACCGUCACGAUACAACAUUCGUUUGAAGAUCCGACAGCUGCCCACAGAGACCAAGGAUGCCAAGCCACUUCUGAAGGAGAUGAAGAAGGCAAAGGAGUUCCAUGUCAUCUUUGAUUGUGGACAUGAGAUGGCCGCGUGGAUCCUAAAACAGGCCCUGGCCAUGGGUAUGAUGACAGAGUACUACCAUUAUAUUUUUACUACCCUGGACCUUUUUGCCCUCGACAUGGAACCGUACCGUUACAGUGGAGUCAACAUGACCGGGUUCCGCAUCCUCAACACAGAAAACUCUCAGGUGUCGUCAAUCAUCGAGAAGUGGUCAAUGGAGCGGCUACAAGCCCCACCCAAACCGGACUCAGGCCUGCUGGAUGGAUUCAUGACGACGGAUGCAGCGCUGAUGUACGACGCCGUGCACGUGGUGGCGGUGGCGGUGCAGCAGUCGCAGCAGAUCACGGUCAGCUCUCUGCAGUGUAAUCGCCACAAGCCGUGGCGCUUCGGGGGCCGUUUCAUCAGCCUCAUCAAAGAGGCUCACUGGGACGGUUUGACAGGACGCGUUCUCUUCAACAAGACCAAUGGACUGAGGACAGAUUUCGACCUGGAUGUCAUCAGUCUGAAGGAGGAAGGGCUGGAAAAGAUUGGAACAUGGGAUCCUCCCAGCGGUCUGAAUAUGACAGAGUCUCACAAAAGCAAGACAUCCAACAUCACCGACUCUCUGGCUAACAAAUCCCUGCGUGUAUCCACUAUACUGGAGGAGCCAUAUGUGAUGUUUAAGAAGUCAGACAAGCCUCUGUAUGGGAACGACCGUUUCGAGGGGUACUGCAUCGACCUGCUAAGGGAGCUCUCUGGCAUCCUGGGGUUCCGCUAUGAGGUGCGAUUAGUGGAAGAUGGGAAGUACGGCGCGCUGGAUGAGAGCACGGGCCAAUGGAACGGCAUGGUGCGGGAGCUAAUGGACCAUAAAGCAGACCUGGCAGUGGCUCCUCUGGCCAUCACCUACGUCAGGGAGAAGGUCAUCGACUUCUCGAAGCCCUUCAUGACGCUGGGGAUAAGUAUCCUGUACCGCAAGCCCAACGGCACCAACCCCGGAGUCUUCUCCUUCCUCAACCCCCUCUCGCCCGAUAUCUGGAUGUAUAUUCUGCUGGCUUGCUUGGGUGUCAGUUGUGUGCUGUUUGUCAUAGCCAGGUUCAGCCCUUACGAGUGGUACAACCCACAUCCAUGCAACCCAGACUCGGAUGUGGUGGAAAACAAUUUUACGCUGCUCAAUAGUUUCUGGUUUGGCGUUGGGGCUCUCAUGCAGCAAGGCUCAGAGCUCAUGCCCAAGGCCCUGUCGACUCGGAUAGUGGGAGGCAUCUGGUGGUUCUUCACCCUCAUCAUCAUUUCCUCAUACACGGCCAACUUGGCUGCCUUCCUCACUGUGGAGAGGAUGGAGUCGCCCAUAGACUCAGCCGAUGACCUGGCCAAGCAGACUAAAAUCCUGUAUGGGGUGGUGGAGGACGGCGCCACCAUGACCUUCUUCAAGAAAACAAAAAUCUCAACCUAUGACAAGAUGUGGGAGUUCAUGAACAGCAGGAGGCAAUCUGUGAUGGUCAAGAAUGUGGAGGAGGGCAUCCAGCGCGUGCUGACCUCGGACUAUGCCUUCCUCAUGGAGUCCACCACCAUCGAGUUUGUCACCCAGCGCAACUGCAACCUCACCCAGAUCGGAGGCCUCAUAGACUCCAAAGCCUACGGAGUGGGAACACCUAUGGGCUCCCCGUACAGAGACAAGAUCACGAUAGCCAUUCUGCAGCUGCAGGAGGAAGGGAAGCUGCACAUGAUGAAGGAGAAAUGGUGGAGAGGGAACGGCUGUCCCGAGGAGGAGAGCAAGGAGGCCAGCGCUCUGGGGGUGCAGAACAUCGGCGGGAUCUUCAUCGUGCUGGCUGCGGGACUGGUGCUGUCAGUGUUUGUGGCUGUAGGGGAGGUGCUUUACAAGUCUAAGCAGAACGCCCAGCUGGAGAAGCGAUCAUUCUGCAGCGCCAUGAUGGAUGAGCUGCGCGUGUCUCUGAAGUGCCAACGCCGUCUCAAACAGAAGCCUCAGCCGCCCGUCAUCGUUAAGACAGAGGAGGUCAUUAACAUGCACACGUUCAACGACAGGAGACUCCCAGGAAAGGAAACCAUGGCAUGAGCGCUGAGCAUACCCCCUCGACAAAAACCACGGAGGGGAGACGGGGGUCGAAUGAACUCUGACUUAAACCACAGACUGAGGCUAGCAGUCAAAACAGGACUCCUUUUGAACCCACUUGCUUAUGUAGACAGAUGUUUCCUGUGGAAAUAUAGAUACCUGAGCAGUGUCACCUCACUGUGACGUUCACUUUCGGAAGGGAGCUGGAAAGGAUGGACUCAAAAGUGUGUGUAAAUUGAUAAAGGGAUCCAAGCAGGUUUGGGUCAAAACAUAAGUCCGGUCCAUAGUAGAAGUGGACUUCAGCACAUACACGUAACACAUACACACACAUACACGCACACACACUCUCAUCUGACACACCUGUGCAGAAGGGAAAACUCUAUUGUGACAGUAACACCAGAUGUAGUUUUUCUGUUGAUGUCAAUGCCCUUUUGUCUUACCUCCAUGUGUGUUUGACCCCAUCGGUCCCUCCCUUCAGUGGCUUGAGUUUCUUUCAAAUGAUUUAAACAAACACUAAUCUCACACCAACAAAGGGAAGGGUAGUCAGUGCCAAAUGGUUUCCUAUGAACCGAUGUAUAAAAGUGAUAUUUAGUUUGGAAUCAUCUAUGCUGACCUUGUCCAAUACUCAUUGUUUUCUUCUGUAAUGCCUUUCUCGUGCCAAAGUUCUGCCAUCGUGAAGAACUUUCUACCAUGCCUAUGAUUAUGUUCAAAGCCUCUACAAGCAAUGUAUACUGUCAAAGUCCUUCUCCAUGUCCGUCCUUACACGCGGUCUGCAGUUUUCACUCUGUAUCAGUUGUUGUUUAAAAAUGCAGGAUUUCUACAAAAA